UUUAAAUUUAAACUGGUCCCAUCACAUCGUCUUUUUAUAAUAUUCAAACCUUAAUUGUAAAUCAAUUCUCAUAACAAAAAUUAAAUAACACUUCAAAAUAAUUAUUAACACUACUUUGACCCCCAUUUAAUUAACGAUCGAAAAAAAUGGCAGUCGACUUUUUGGAUUUGAGUUUUCGAGUGGCUAGUUAAUUUUUCCAGUGAAUUCAUCAUAGGAACAUUUAGUGAAAAUUAGUGAUUGGUGAUGAGUGUCCAAUUAUUGAAAUUGAAGAGAAAAUUAUGAAAGAAAUUUUCUAUUUGUGAGUGGCUCAGUGUUCUUUUUUGGAAAGUGAGUGGAAGGAAAGAAGUAAAAUGUCGAUUACUAGGAAAAUUCUACUUUUGCUGCUGUUUGUGAUUUUCACGAAAAAUGCUCACACAGGACGUGGGUUUAGAUCAAAACAAGGGCCAUUUGGUGUGAGCAUGAGUCUGAAAAAUGGAGGACUCUUUCCAUCAACCUUCAAUGUAGCAGAGAAAGCAGAUGUUUACGUGAAUGCAACCUGCGGUGAAGACGGACCUGAGACUUUUUGCAAACCAUCGGAAUAUCUCCGGUGUGCUGUUUGCGAUUCCCGGAGUCCUGUUCCUGAAAAAAGACACAAUAUUAGCUAUAUUCUCGACAAAAAUUCUGGAAAAUGGUGGCAAAGUCCGACCCUUCUUAAAGGAGAUCGUUUCGAAUACAUUACAAUUACUCUCGAUCUAAAACAAAUUUAUCAAAUCGAGUACGUAAUUUUGAAAGCUGCAAAUUCGCCACGUCCGGCAGCCUGGAUUUUGGAAAAGUCAGUCGAUGGAGAAAAUUUUCAACCCUGGCAGUAUUAUGCACCGAGCGAUGCAGAAUGUUGGUCAAGAUACUCGCUGCCUCCUGUGUCAGGCAAGCCUUCUUACACCAAGGACGACGAGGUCAUCUGCACGAGCUUUUAUUCAAGACGAACACCGAUGGAAAAUGGCGAGAUUCAUACGCACUUGGUGAAUGGUCGACCAGGAGCAAUAAAUCAUACCGAGACAAUUCAAGAAUUCACUAAAGCAAGAUUUAUCAGAAUUCGACUGCAGAGUUUACGACGAAAUGGUGAUACUUUCACAGAUAAACGAAAAGCGUUUUAUUCGAUUAAGGAAAUUAAUGUUGGUGGACGUUGUCUUUGUUCGGGACACGCAUCUCGAUGUCGAUACAGCGUUCACCAUGGGCAUCAAGAGUGCGAAUGCGAACGACACACAUGUGGCGAACAAUGCGAAGAAUGCUGUCCUAUGUACAAUCAAAUUGCAUGGAAAUCAGGAACUUCGGGCAAAGGAUUUCAUUGCGAAAAAUGCAAUUGUAACGGACAUGCAACUUCUUGUCGAUACGAUCCGAAUGUGGCCGAGCAGAAACUUUCUUUGGAUAUUCGUGGAAAAUACAGAGGAGGGGGUGUGUGUCUAAAUUGCUCGGAUCACACAACAGGAAUAAAUUGCGAAAAAUGUGAGGAAGGUUACUACAGGCCAAAUGGAACUUUACCUGAUGCUCUCGAACCUUGUAAACCUUGUGAUUGUAAUGUCCAUGGCAGCACUGGAUACUGCAUUCCUGAUAAUACUCUCGCAUACACGGGAAAGGUAGCAGGCGCCUGUGAAUGUAAGAAAGGAUUUUUCGGGUUCAAAUGUGACCAGUGUGCAUCUGGUUAUCGUCAAUUUCCUGAUUGUAUGCCUUGCCCCUGUGAUUCUAGGGGAGUUUUGUCUUCCCACGAUUGCGAAGGAGACUGUCUUUGCAAAUCGAAUGUUGCCGGAGAAUUUUGUAAUCGUUGUAAGCCUGGAUUUUUUGGUCUUACAAAAGAAAACGCGGAAGGAUGUCUUCCAUGUUUCUGUUCUGGAAUUGCUGAAGAGUGUAAUGCUGCUAAAAUGACGUAUACUACUGUAUCAACAUUAGAUGAUUGGCAAGUGAGUGACAUAAAUGGAUCGAGAAUUGUGAAUUCAACUUUGGAUACAGAUCGUGGUUGGUUAACAAUAUCGUCCUUCGAAGUCGAAUAUGAAAGUCCAUUUUGGCUCGCUCCCAAAAUCUACACCGGAAAUCGUUUGUCCUCCUACGGGAGCAAUCUCACUUAUUCUGUCACGUGGGUCGUCAUGCGUGGAGACACUAGUGGAAAACCUACCAUCCAACCAAGUCUUGUACUAAUCGGCAACAAUGGAAUGAGAAUUGCCUAUGGAGAGGAGAGAUUUGCUAACCAGGAUGCUGAAAUUUCGGUUCCUUUGCAAGAAGAUGGUUGGUAUCAUGUUCCCUCUUUUAUCCAGGAUCUUGAUACCAGAUUGAGGAGAACUGAUUAUAAAGGCGAGCCUGUAACCAGAAACGAAAUGAUGAGCGUUUUGACUGACCUGAAAUAUAUUUUAAUCAGGGCUCAGUAUCAUUCUGAACAAAUCGAGGGAAGUUUAAUAUCGUCUCAUUUGGCUGUGGGUGAAAUUGCAACAAAUCCGGAGGAAAACGAAAGCCUCGUGGAACUCUGCCAGUGUCCGGAAGGAUACGCAGGACUAUCAUGUGAAAAAUGUGAAUGGGGUUACGUGAAAGCUGACGGAAAUGAUCCUAAUGAAGGAAAUAGACACGAGUGUAUAAAAUGCGAUUGCAAUGGCCAUUCAGCAUCCUGUGAUCUUCUAGCUAACGAAUGCCAUAAAUGUGAACAUAAUACGAUUGGACCGAGAUGCGAUCGUUGUACAGUUGGUUUUUACGGAGACGCAACAAAAGGUACACCAGACGAUUGCAAAAGAUGUGCCUGUCCUCUGUCAUCUCCUGAAAAUAAUUUCAGUCCCAGUUGUCAACUCGAAGAUCCGAACAACAUUUUCAGUGGAUAUGUUUGCACCCAAUGCCCUGCUGGAUAUACUGGCGACCAUUGUGAAAGUUGCGAUAUUGGAUAUUUUGGAAGUCCUUUGAAACUCGGUGGGACCUGUGAACCAUGCCCUUGUGGAGGUGGGUCCUGUGAUCAAGAAACAGGACGCUGUCUCGAAUGUCUUGGGAAUACAGAAGGCUGGAGCUGUGAAAAAUGCAAAGAGGCGCAUUAUGGAGAUCCUUCAGAGCGAAAUUGCAAGCCCUGUAGUUGCGAUCCUAUUGGCAGCACUUCAGACCUCUGUGAUCCUAAAACGGGCCAAUGUUCCUGUAGACCUUUAUUUGAUGGUAGAGAUUGUUCUUCCUGUAUCGAAGGAUACGGAAAUGUUACUGCUGGAUGCAGAGAAUGUGACUGCGACUUUGGAGCUAUCGAUGGUCGCUGUGAUCCUGUAACAGGAGAAUGUAGCUGUAAAAAUGGAGUUUCGGGAAAUCGGUGUGAUCAAUGUGAGAUUGAUCAUUACGGAUUAUCAGAUAUUGGCUGCACGAGCUGUCGUUGCAAUAUUCUAGGCUCAACUACGUCAAGUUGUGAUUUGAUGACAGGACAGUGUCAAUGCAAAGCUUACGUCAUUGGCAGACAGUGCGAUCGUUGUCAGAAUGACUAUUGGGGCUUGUCUAAUGGAGCAGGAUGUGCACCUUGUGGAUGUGAUUCUACAGGCUCGGUUAAGUCCUCAUGUGAUGAUAAAUCAGGACAAUGUAAUUGCAAACCUGGAGUAGGAGGACUGAGGUGUGAUAGUUGCUUAUCAGGAUUUUAUGGAUUUUCCGAUAAUGGUUGCCAGGAAUGUGACCUCUGCGAUCGAUCGGGUCAUAUAUGCGAUCCCGACACGGGCCGUUGUGUUUGUCCGACUUUGACCUUCGGAGAGCAUUGCGACCGAUGCAGACCAGGUUCCUACGAUCUUCGAGCAGGUGUAGGUUGCAAGUCUUGUGCUUGCACGCCAGGUUCCUCCAGGUCACAAUGUUCACCGAACGGCCAGUGCCCCUGCAGAGACGGCUUCGACGGCCUCAGGUGCGAGCGAUGUGCCAAAGGUUAUUACGGCUACCCCAGAUGUCGCCCCUGUAACUGCAAUCCGGAUGGGACCUUGCCUUGUCCAACUGAUUCUGGACUCUGCGAUUGUGACGCCAAUGGACAGUGUCCUUGCAAGGAAAAUGCAAUUGGUCGUCGAUGUGAUGAAUGUAGGGAAGGGACAUUUGGACUUGCAGAAGGAAAUGCAAAAGGAUGCACUGAAUGCUUUUGUUUCGGAAGAUCAACUCUUUGUCGACAAGCUGGCCUCAGUUGGGGCCAAAGAAGAUUGCAAAGGCCCAGAGUUUUAUAUAUUAAUGAUACAGUCAACGAUAUUGUGGUCACCAGAUAUGGAUCAUCAUUCGUUUUACCAUCAUUCGAUAGUGGAUUAAACAAAACAAAUGGAUUAACAGUCAUUCCAGAUACAGAGGGAGAUGUCACUUUUCCUUCAAAUUUACAACCUGAGUAUCCACUUUACUGGCAGUUGCCAAAGUCAUUUUUGGGUGAUAAGGUGGUCUCUUAUGGUGGUUUCCUAAGAUUUACUACAGCAGUUUCUGAUGAUGGUUAUCCUCUGCCUUCAAGCCAUCGUUAUCCAAUCGCUCUAAUCCAAGGCAAUAACAAAAUCGUUCUCGAAUAUUAUCUUCAUCUACCAGUUGAUAAUAAUCACUAUGAGAUCAGAUUCCACGAAUCUUUAUGGCAGCUAAAAAAUCGGCCAGACAUUAAAGUGACGAGAGAAAUUUUGAUGGUUGCUCUUCAAAAUAUGCAGCAUAUUCUUCUCAAAGCUUCAGAUCUUUCGGAAUUUUCAAUGGCAACGUUGUUGCAAGCAUCGAUGGACGCGGCAGUGCUUACACCCACGCACUCUCCGCCUCUGGCGACAGGCAUCGAGAUCUGCGAGUGCCCUCCAGAGUACAAUAGCACAUCUUGCCAGGAUCCCAGUAUCGGUUUUUACAGGUGGCAUGACAACACCACAACCGCCACUUCCACCAUCGUCAUUGACCUCGUGGGAAAGGCGAGACGUUGCCAAUGUAACGGCAGAUCCGAAAUUUGCGACACCGAAAGUGGCCAUUGUUUGAAUUGCAGAGACAAUACGGCUGGACCGCAUUGUGAAAUUUGUGCCGAGAGUUUCCAUGGCGAUCCAGAUUUCGGAGGCUGCAAAGCAUGCCCCUGUCCUCAAUACGACAAAAAAUUCUCCAUAGGAUGCAAAGUUCUUCCUGACAAUGACGUUGUCUGUCGAUGCAAAUUAGGUUACGCUGGCCCCCGAUGUGAUACAUGUGCUUAUGGUUACUACGGAUUUCCAAACAUUCCUGGUGGCAACUGCACACCCUGCAAUUGUAAUCCAGCUGGAAGUGCAAGCGAUGAAUGUGACCAGGAAACUGGACAAUGUAAUUGUAAACCAGGAUCAACCGGAAGAGAUUGUUCUGAAUGCACAGCUCAUCGUCACGUUUUCAUUGACGAUGUUUGCACUUCAUGUAAUGAUAAUUGUACGGGAAUUUUACUUGAUGAUUUGGAAAUAGUUUCAAAUCAAUUAGCUAGAGAAACCACCCACAUAGCAACUGGAUAUAUUCCUCUUCCUUGGGAACAACUUUUUCAAAUCGAUGCAAACGUAUCGAUGUUUUUAGAGGACUUGAAUCAUCGCAAAGACAUGAGACAGAGAUUAGAAAAAGUUCCCUGGCAUGAUUUAAAAAAAUUGAGAAAAGCUUCUGAGAGUUAUUUACAUGAUGCGAUGGAGCAGGAAAAUCGAGCAAGGAUGAUCAAAUCAAGAAGUGACGAUUUUCAAAACAAUGUUUUCAGUGUAGGAACGAGUUUAAAACAGCUGAAGGAACAAGUUAAAGAUACAAUUUCUCAAUUAACUCGAUAUGGGAACGACAAUAAAAAGGUUGAAUUAAAACAAUCUUUGCAGGAAGCAAACUUAAUUUUAAACAAAAUGAAAAAUCUAGACCUUUCUGAAAGAUUAAAAAAACUGGAAAAUCUUAUAGAGGAUCGUGUCGAUUACGUGAAAUGGUUGAAUUCUUUGUAUAAUGCGACUGGGGAUAUUGAAAAAACGAAAGAAGAAACUGCGAAAUAUUCGGCAAAAUUGGAUGAUUUUGAAACAAAAAUAGAAGAAACGAUGGAGACUUUUUUCACAUACGAUGGUCUUUACAGUGAAUUAAAUAAAUCUUUUGGAGAGGUGGAUUAUGAUCGUAAUCAAAUCAAAAAUUUGAAUGCUGAUAUCAUAAAUACGAUAGAUGAGGGAAGUAAUUUAGUUGAAGAAGCUCAAGGAUGUUUACUUGACGCCCAAAAUAAUUUUCAGGACAUUCCGGAGGAGCAAAAAAGACUGAGCUAUCUGACUGAAAGUUUGAAAGACAAGGAGGAAAUUCUUUAUCGAUUAAAUUUGGAAUACGAGAACAAGUUUGUGAUUCCAGCUAUCGAUCAUGCGAGAAAUCUUUCCGAUUAUGUGGAUCGUUAUGUCGGUCUAUUUUCAGAAACUCGCAACCAGGCAGCAAAUCCUUUAAAGGCAAGUCAGGCAUACAAAAAUAUUUUUGAUAGUUUGCAAGAUGCCGAAAUUGCAGCGAGACAAACAAAUGAAAUUGCUGACGACGUUUAUGAAAUGGUUUAUCCUAAUGGACCACAAGAAAAAUCGCUGCUCGAUACGACACUAGAAAUGAUGGAAAAAUCUACUCAGCAAUUGAAUAAAGUAAAAGAAUAUGAAUUUCCUUUAUCAAAAGCGAGACAAAAGGUGGUAAUGCAAAGACAAUCGGUUGAUGAUUUAAAAAAUUCUCUGAACAGUACAGGAAAUAAAGAUAACGAAAUAAAUAUUAGACUUCGUGAAUUACAUACGGAAAGCAAAAAAUUGCACGAAAGUCUGCAGACAGUUUUGGAAGAUAACGACGAAGUUAUCGAGUCAAUAGAAGAUUCGAAUAAAUUAAUUACUGAUUACAAGGAAGGAAUAGCAAAUAGCCUAAAACCAAAAUUGCAGGAAUUGAAACGCGAGGGUGAUUCGAAAAUCAGCCUUGCCAGCGAACAAUUAACUGAGGCACAAAAUAAUAUUAAGAGGGCAGAUGAGAAACUUUUAAGUUUAGCAAAUGCUUCUGCAAAACGCCAAAUGGAAUUCGAAAAAUGGAACGGAACUCUCGCAGAAAAAUUGCAAACCCUAAAAGAAAAAAUUAAGGAGGCAAAAAAUACUGCUGAUGGGAUUCGUAUAUCCUUGAAAUCUGCGGAUGGUAAAAAAUGUGUAAGAUCUUAUAGACCAGGAACCUUACAACCUUCCUUAACAACCACGAUUGUUAUGACUUUCGCGGUUGCGAAGAAUAAAAGAGAUGGUUCUCUUUUUUAUCUACCAAGUGGAUUAAACGACGAUUUUAUUGCACUCGAAAUGGUCGACCGAAAAAUCAGAUUUGUCUGGAAUGUUGGAGGUGGAACAGGAAUUGUGACCCAUCCGGAAAUUCUCGAAAGUGGUAACUUUGCCGAUGACGAAUUUUGGUAUCGAAUUGAAGCAGAAAGAACAAGAAACGUUGGCAAAUUGAGUAUUCGGAAACAAGUGUCCUCAUCAGGAGGCUAUCUUCCAGAAAUUAAUUCAACAAGCGUAGAGUUUGGAUGGCUUGAUGUCUCAGUUGUCGAUAGAGUUUGGCUUGGAGGAAUUCCAGAAUCUCAGAGAAGACCUAGUGAAUUAAUGGCGCCUAAUGGACUUCCCGGUUGUGUUCACCAAGUUAUUCUGGACGAAAAGCCCAUCGGACUUUGGAAUUUCAUUACAACUGCUCCUGAUAUGGCUUGUCAGGCUUGCGUUGAUGGAGUUGAGGAUCCCCGAAAGGACACUGAAUACAGCUUUAACGGAGAGGGCUACGCUGUCAGGAACAGAGUAACUUCUGAACUUUACAGUAGAUACGCUUUUGGUAUUUCUCUUAGUUUCAGAACCUACGACGAAAAUGCUCUUCUUUUCCUUGCCAUCAACCCAAAGAAUAGCCAACAUGUUAUGAUAUUCCUUCGAGAAGGUCGUAUAUUUUUGCACAUUGGAUACGGAGGAAAUAUCAGUUUCGAAAUGUAUUCAAGCUUAAAGUAUAAUACCGGAAAUUGGACUAAAGUUGACGCCUACAGGCAGUUCGAAUCUCGAAAAAAUAUAGAGCAAUGCAUUCUGAGUGUUGGCAGUGAUAAUGACAAAAAAAUAGGAGUCCCUACGCCUCAGCCAAAGAAGGAAGACAUUCCUGAUUUCGAAGAAGCAAAAUAUUACAUUGGUGGUGUUCCACCAAGUUUUAGAAACGAGUACAUAAGUCUCCCAAGACCGGUUUCCUUCCUUGGGUGCAUGUCUCAUAUUAUCGUUCAAGAGAACUACGAUCCCAUGGCUGAAAAAUAUUAUGGGAUUGAACCCAGCUGUGGAAGUAAACCUCUUCGAAAUGUCGGAUUCUAUGGAGAUGGGUAUCUGGAACAUCCAGCCUUCACUCUCAAAAAGAUAUCUUCAUCGAUUAGUUUUUCGUUCAGAUCACUGCAAAAGGACGCAAUGAUCUUGUUGUCCACCUUCCAAGGUCAAGAAGAGAGGCUUUCUGGUUUCGGAAAUUCACACAAUGACGCGACUAGGGACCAUUAUUACUCUGUUGUUAUGUCGAACGGACGAAUCGAAGUGAGAUUAAAUGGAGGAAAGGGAGAACUUGUCCUUCGAUCUAAUGGAACCUACAAUGAUGGAAAAUAUCAUUCAGUCUUCAUUAGCAAAAAAAGAAAAACUGUAGAUUUAAGGGUUGAUGAUACUUUUCAAGGAAAUGGCAGGCUUCCAGCCGGAACUGCGAUCCAAGCUCCAGAUUCGAACGGUGGAUUGUAUUUCGGAGGUCUACCAGCUUUGAUAAAUAACACUCAAAUGGUUUCUACUUCUGUUCCUCUUUAUGGUUCCAUCAAAGACGUUAUGAUCAAUGACGAAAUUAUUAAAUUCGAUGAUGCAACAUCUUUCGAUCACGCCCUGAUUGGAAGAUCUGGUCCCAGCAUGGGAAAAGAUCCCCCAGUGUACAUAUCUUCCGCAUCUCUUUCCCGAGGAAUGUCAACUCAGCCCGAAGGUUGUCAAAAAGUUCCCUAUUAUUCCCUCGAACCUGGGGCUCUUAAGUUCGGAGACAAGCCUCAUAGUCACACUCAAUUCUACAUUUCAAUCAAGAAAUUCUGGGAGAAGAAAUACGCUAUUGAGUUCGACUACAGGACCUACUACCCUAAUGGAAUAUUAUUCAUAACUCCUGGAAUAAAACAGAAGCCCUAUUUCCUGGUCGUUCUCCGAGAUGGUCAACUCGCCCUCCAAAUAAAGACUCGCCGCAAGAAAGAGGAGCUUUUAUUCCAAUCUCCUUUCAACGAUGGAAAAUGGCACCAUGUUGUGAUCAGGCACGAGGAACGGAAACUGACUUUAGUCGUUGAUUCACAUACUCCCAAGACAAUGAAAAUCCCCAAAAAAAUUGGUCUAGCUUCGAUGAUGUACAUCGGAGGUCUUCCGGAAAGUGGAACCCCUCUUCCUGAACAAGCGGUCGUUAAACUCGAGACACUAAAGGGCUGCAUUCGAGGUCUGAGACUCAACGGAAACAUUUUCGACAUGGUUGGGCCAACAAGCAGAGCCUAUAAUGUUGGCCAGUGUUUCCCAAGUGUGGAAAGUGGGGCCUACUUCCAGGACGAGGCUUAUGCCAUUUACAAGAGGGACUUUGAGUUAGGAGCUGUUUUGGAACUUCAACUCGAGUUCAGAACAUCUGAGCUGUCGGGCGUUCUUUUAUCAAUAACAGCGCCAAGCGGAUCCCCUUCACUGAGUCUAGAAUUGAAUAAUGGAAAAGUGAUCAUGUCUGCUGAUUUGGGAGACAAUAAUCCCUUGUAUGUGGAGCAACGGUUUCCGAAUCAGUAUACCAUCUGCGAUAAUAGAUGGCACAAAAUUCAGGCAAUUUAUAAUGACGAGGAACUGGCACUCAAAGUUGAUGAUUUGGAUCACAAAUACGGACUUCCGGCGAAUGUUAAUUAUCAUUUUAUGGAUGAAACGGAAUCGAGUCCUCUCUACAUUGGUGGAUUGGCAGAUUCAGCUCCAAAGGGCACCUUGAUGACACGUGACCACUUCAACGGAUGCAUAAGGAACGUCAUUAUUGGUGGAGAGAGAAGAGACUGGACCGACAUGGCAGAAUUACACAAUAUCCAUCUCAGUUCUUGUCCCGUUCAGUGAAAUAAAAAAAGUUCUUCCAAUUUUCCAAAGACUGCACUGGAGAGAUCAAACUUUUUAAUUGAAAAUAGUGCCAUAUCACAUACAAACGUCGGAAAAAUUACGCAGACGUAAGACUAAGCGAAGCCAAAAGAUGCUAAAUCAUAAUUUUCUUUUAACUGAAAAAUUAUCGUAGUAGAAAAUUCUACUUUUUAAUAUUUUACGUGUUCGGGUAAAGUAAAAAUCUCACGAAUGCGAGAUAUCUAGUAUUGAAAAAUUUAAAAAGAAGCAGAUUAUGUAAUUAGCAAGGUCACUGCCAUAAGUACAUGUAUAUAUAUAUGAUGUAUGUGUAUGCAUGUAUGUAUAUAUUUAUAUUAUAAACAUUAAGAUUAACCUUAAUUUAUACUAAAUGCAUAAUUCGUAGAUUAUUGUUCAUAAGCGAGAAGUUGUAAAUCAGUAUUUAAUGUUGCUAUUUAUUCUUGAUAACGUAAUUUAAAAAAUGAAUGGAAAGAGAAAAACAAUAGGAAUUUAGGGAGAGACUAUUAUGUUUUGUACUUUUUAUAAUAACGUCGGAGUGCCGUUACCUGCAUAAUAGCGAUUAUCGAAAAUUUACCAUUUUUUUAGGAGUUAUACCGCAGAGAGAAGAAAAUGCUAAUCGUCGCACAAAUGCAUCACUGUUAGAAAUAAUUCACUUCGCUAUUAUUGUACGUAAUAAAUAAAACAUAAAAGUUGAA